AUGAUGGGAAAACAACCAGCACGACCCCUCCCAUUCACGCCGCUCUCAGAGCUGUACCCUGAUAGCGAACCACCAAGCAAGAAGCCAAGAGUUGACACCACACAGUAUACAAGGUCGAAUCGAAGGGCUCGGGCUUUCCCCAGAAUACAACCGCCAACAACCACAUCGCAAAGCUCCUCACGGUCGCUUUCAUCAAAUGCUGACACCGAUGAUCCAAUCGAUGUACCAUGGUGGGAUCCCAAAGUCACGGAGAGCUCUGCGUCCUCCAGCGGCAGGGCCUCUGUUGAACAGACGACGACUCGGUCCAUCAAAGGCCGUCCCAAACCAUCGAAAAAGUAUAAAUCAGCUCGUAAGACGUCACGGAUUGGUCAGGAUAGUCCCACAGAGGAAGAAAGAAUUGAUUAUCAUGAUCCGAAGAUGAGCGAGGAUUUCCUUCCAUUUGGUCCACCAUGGCCACCAAACGAGACAAGAGACAGGGGGGAAAGCCCACCGAAGCCAAAGGAUAAGGCGGACCGAGGAAACGUAAUCUCUGCAAUCUCGCCCAUGCAGAGUAUGAUCAAGAUGAUAGCUGCAGGCGACUACAUUCCGUUUUCUCCAGACAGCCCUAUAGUAAUUAGACAGCAGCAGGAAGUUUUCCCGCCAGGGCCACGACGUUCCUCUGUCGUCCCCUUAAACCUGAGAACUCGAAUAGGGAAUCAGAGCCCCUUCGAGUUUGAUCAGGUAAAUGAUCCGCCGCCAACAGUCGCUGCAGAAGCGCAGACGGAGACAUACCAGGCAGUGGAGGAGGUGUCGAUCCCAAACCUUGGUGCUGAACGUCCGCAAACUGAAGUAGACUCGACACUAUGGAGCCCGGUCUUAUUGGGGGUCAGAGAAGAGCGAAAGGAUGGAAACCGGGUAUGGCCGGCAAGAAAAGGAGGGAUCUACUGCGAUACGUGCUUUCGUGACGAGUGCAUCCGGUGGAUUCGAGCUCGGGACAAAGCCCUGAGUGUAUCUCGAUUGCUCGGGGCUGAUGGGGAGCCAGAGGGCAUGAAUCCCAUCGAGUCUGUCAUAUUCCCGGAUCAGAUAAAACACCGUGCCAACAAGCUGUUUCGUCGCACUCCACUUGACGUUCUCGGUCUCGCUCUGCUUCGAUAUUUGGCCCAAACGCGUGUUGAGGCUCUGGGAGAGGACAUGCAGGAUGAGGUGACUGGGACACUGGACUCUUUGCGUCAAGACAUUCGUCUGUCGAAAGGCCGGUUAAAGCGACUUGAGAGGCAGUGCCGGACUUUGGUGGAGACUUGCGUGGUUUCCGAAUCCGACCAAAAUAAGAUCAUUCCAGAAGGCGUUGUGUGGCUGUGGGAGUUUGAUGCUCUGUUGCAGGAUGUGAAUAAGAGGUCGUCGAAUGAAACACCCCUGGACAUGUCUUUUGCGACAACUUUAACAAACAGAGCCCAUGAGGCAGCGAUCGAUGAAUUGUGGAACAUGGCUGUUGCGCAUAUCAAUGUGAAGGACUCAAUGGGUCAUCGGACGAAGACUGAAUUGCUGAGGUUGAUUGGAACAGCCAUGGCCCAGGCAGCGACGAAGUCUGAACAAGAGAAUCGAGGUAGAGCAGGAGAACCACUCCCAUGUCAAUACUGUGCCCAGUCAGAGUCUGUUAACUCCAGAACCACUCGGAACUCAAAUGGUCGAGCUGUCAAAGUAAAACCGUGGAUCGAACCACUGGUCUGGUCAGGCGAGAUGAGUGAGGAGACUGCAUCGAGUGCCAGUGCCGAAGAGUUCUUUCGUCUUGUCGAGUCGAGAGGCGCGGUGAUGGCGGAGGUAUCAGGCAUCAAAUUUCUGGUGGACUCGACCGGCGGCAAAAGGCGGAUUGUGCUGGUGGAAAUGGCGAGUGUGCUUGAUGACAUGUGGAAGGAGCGGCAGGAAGACAAGAGAUUUAGCUCAAUCCCUGCUAUUGCUGCCGAUGGAAGAGAGUCGUUACGAUGGAGAUCUGCAAACCCGCCAUAUAUGUAA